AUGAGCUAGUUCGCAUACAAUCCAAACUAGCAAUCAGAGGUUUUAUUAAUGCCUAAACCUUCAAAUAGUGGAGGGUUUGAUAUUACUGCCUAAACAAACAAUAUUCAACAAAGAUCUUUUUAAGAAAAUCUUUAGUUCUUUGCUGUUUUCAUGGUUGAAUUUUUACUUGAUUGCUUUGUAGUGUUUCCUCUCUACCUUUUUAAAAUGCUUUUUGAAAGUUUUAGAGUUAUUAAAUAAAAAUAUGAUGAAGACUAGCAGAAGGAUUACAAAAAAUAUUUGAAAUUAGCUGGCUCUUACUUUUUGGAUAUUGUUUUACCAUUGAGUGUUGUAGGUAUUACUUUUAAAACAGUUCAGGGAAAGCUCUCUGGUACUGAAGAUGUUUAUUACAUUUGGUGCGAAAAUUGCUUUGUCUUUUUCUUAUCUUUUAUCUUGCUUAUUUCCUAUCUGUACAACAUAAACUAGAAAGAUAAACCUAAAUUCACAUGUUCUUUUAAGUAUUUGAUGAGAUAGGAGCAUUUAGAAACUCUAGGUUUAGGUGUUAUUCACAAUCAAUAGCUUAAAUAGUUAAAGUCGGCUGGGUAGUUUUAGAGAGGUACUUAAAAACACAUGACUCUUUCUCAGCAUUCAUUUAGUUAAGAUUAAAUGGAAUUUAACGACAGAGUUGCUAAAUUAGCUAAGGAGUUAAAUAUUGACUUAUCUCUCUUCUUCUUUGAUUUACUUGAUAAUAAGCUAAGUAAGAGCACAACAUAAAAAAUUAGUAAAGAUGAGAUAGAGGCUCUUAAAAUACUCAAGAACUCUGGUAUUUAAGCCAAAUUAAGUGCAAGAGAUAAGAUUCUUUGGCCUAUCUAUGAAAAGAGUAUUGAUAAUAUCCAAUAGGAAUCUGCUCCAUUCUUAGUAUUUGCAAUUAUCAUUUGCUUGAAAGUUAUCAUUCCCCUCUGGUACUUGAUUGGAAAAAGCAAACUUCAUAUUGAUUUAAUGAGCAUUUUAAACAUUUCUGGUUUUUACAUAUACAUGAUUAGUAUUUUGUAUACAACUAUGAACAAUCAAGAUCUUAAGCGUCGUAACUUUAUUAUCGACAUGGGUAUCAAUAAGUUAUGCGAUUUCAAGUACGUAGAAGAUUUUACAGAAAAGCUCGAUGUAACUUGUCCACUCAGUCUUGAAACAUGGGACAACUCUCGUCGUAUAUUUUGCUAAAUUGACCAAGAAAGCACUACAAAAUUCGAGUUAAGUUACAUUUUCUUAGGGUUUUACUACAUUUUUAUUGGUCUUAUUUGUGUGUCAAUUUAUGGUGAAAUCUACAUCAUCAUUAGUCCUAAUUCAGUCUAUUUACAUCCUCUGAUGGUUAUUCACACUACUGCUGAUUUUAUGAUGGUUACAAUCUUUUUCUUCAUUCGUAUCUGGUACAGCUCAGAAUUCAAUGAGAAUUUCUAAAUUCAAAUAGAAUUAAUUAAUGAAUUGAUUGGUGUUUACGACGAUCUUAUACAAAUGUACGAUACUUAUUUCUCUGAGCAAUUCUAAUAAAAAGUUUCAAAUCCUCUUUACAAAAAAAUGGUAUAGUAAAUUAUUGAGAAGUCCCGUUUUUACACUUCAAGCGAUCAGCUGAAUCCAAAUGGAUAGAGAAAAGAGAGAAGAUUUAGAGGAAAAGUUUACACCUAACAAGAAGAUGCACAGCUCUAAAUUGAAAUGAUGAAAAUUAAUAGAGAGUCAUUAGAAAAAGUUAAAAAUUAGAUUAUAAGAGAUGAAAAGAUUUUCAAGCACAAGAUGUUUGGUAAAUUCGAUUUGUCCUUCAAGGAAACUGUUACAACUGUUUCUUUUGGUCUACUUACAGUUGCUCCUACUAUCUUUAAUAAAUUGCAACAAAUUUUCGAUCCUCAACCAGUUAACCCUCCUCCUCACAUUAUCUAAUCAGGAAUUUUCCAUAAACAUAAAUGA